UCACCGACCUCAGAAAAACAUUUUUUCCUUCGGCAUUCACUGACUGACGGCGCCAUAUUGAAGGACACAAUUCUUUUUCUAUAACGCGCAAAACCACGAAUCUGCCAAAAUGCUGUAUUUAGAGGACUACCUCGAAAUGAUCGAGCAGCUACCCAUGGACCUCCGCGACAGGUUUACGGAAAUGAGAGAGAUGGACCUCCAAGUACAGAACGCUAUGGACCAGUUGGAACAACGCGUUAAUGAGUUCUUCAUCAACGCUAAAAAGAAUAAACCCGAAUGGAGAGAAGAACAGAUGGAUGUGAUCAAAAAGGACUAUUACAAGGCACUAGAGGAUGCUGAUGAGAAAGUCCAGUUGGCCAAUCAGAUAUAUGAUCUGGUGGACCGUCAUCUGCGUAAACUGGACCAGGAGUUGGCCAAGUUCAAGAUGGAACUGGAGGCUGACAACGCUGGAAUCACCGAGAUUCUGGAGCGACGAUCUCUGGAGAUGGACAGCCCCUCUCAGCCUGUCAAUAAUCACCACGUCCACUCACACACCACCGUGGAGAAGCGUAAGUACAGUACGCCGGCCCACCACACAACAGAACACGUGCCAGAGAAGAAGUUCAAAUCUGAGGCCCUCCUGUCCACACUCACGUCUGACGCCUCCAAGGAGAACACUCCAGGUUGCCGUGCCAACAGCGUCUCCUCGUCCUCCUCCAACAGCGUGUACAGCGUUAACUCCUCUCAGCCCCUCAGCUCCUACAACCUCACCUCCCUCCCAGCAGGCCCUGGGGCGGGGGCGGGGGCCGGGGCCAUCACCAUGGCAGCCGCCCAGGCCGUGCAGGCCACCGCACAGAUGAAGGAGGGCAGGCGGACGUCCAGUCUGAAGGCGAGCUACGAGGCCAUCAAGAACAACGACUUCCAGCUGGGCCGAGACUUCACCGUGGGCCGCGGCGACUCGUACUCGUCCUCCGCUCUCGCCUCCACGCUCACACAGAACCUCACGCCCAGCAACAGCUCCGAGUCGCGCGGCAGUGGCCGCAAGACCAAAGGCAACAACAAGUCUUCCAACCACCAGUCCUCUUCGUCCUCCUCCUCCUCCUCGCUGUCGUCGUGCUCGUCCUCCUCGGCUCUGGCCCAUGAGCUGGUGCAGCAGGCCUCCGCCCUCCCCGAGGCCGACGCCAACAGCCAGGUGGACUGGACCUACGACCCCAACGAGCCCCGAUACUGCAUCUGCAACCAGGUGUCAUAUGGUGAAAUGGUGGGCUGUGAUAACCCAGACUGUCCUAUUGAGUGGUUCCACUAUGGCUGUGUUGGAUUGACUGAAGCCCCCAAGGGCAAAUGGUACUGCCCCCAGUGCACCGCCGCGUUGAAGAGGAGGGGCAGCAGGCAUAAAUGAGCCCCGCAGUGUGCCUCCAGAAAUGCCCCAGGGGACCCCCAAUUACCCUUCUCCUUACACCUCCUUGCCCUCCAGUCCUGACUGAACUGUCCAUCUCAGCCCUGCAGAGGCUGUUCAUGCUACUUCCCCACCCUGUGUGUGUGUGUGUGUGUGUGUGUGGUGUGUGUGUGUGUGUGUGUGUGUGUGUGUGUGUGUGUGUGUGUGUGUGUGUGUGUGUGUGUGUGAAAGACACAUAUCAUUGUAUCUGCAAUGUGAUUUUUCCGUGUGUAAGACAAGACAUCCGUAUAUCUGUCUUCUUGCCCUGUCUGUGUGUGUGUGUGUGUGUGUGUGUGUGUGUGUGUGUGUGUAACAGGUGGGUGGGGACAGCCACGCAUGGUCACACACUCAGACAUUCCCUCAAGCUGCCACCUGCGAUGGGGGAUUGCAACCCCUGAGUAUGGUGCAGUGGGACACGCCUCCUCCAGUCCAUGUUCACAGAGAAGAGAAGCCCCUGCCAAACAAUACCCUCACAACCCAUGACACACACACACGGGCCACUGUCUCUAGACGAGAAGGCUGGAACAACCUCUGUCCCAGCACACACACACACACACACACACACACACACACACACACACAUACACACAAACACACAGGUCACUGCUCACAGAGAAGAUGGCCUGGCCAGAGAAAUGCCCACCAGAGCACAGCUAUGUGACCCUGAUCUGGCCCACAUACGCACCUGAUACGGCCCUGAUCUGGCCCCACGUACACACCGAUCAGGGCCCAGAACUGUUCCGCAGUUGGAGCUUAUCGGGGAAGUAUUCCAAGUAACAUGGUGUAGUGACUAACCCAGAGACAUUAACUGAAGUGGUGAACCUCCCAGAAGAAGGCUUUGGCUUAGUUUGGCUUGGAGAAGGAAGCGCCAUUGGGCUCUUCUAUUAGGUUCACCACUUGCUCUGAGUUACCUUAUCUGGGUGAGUCACUUACUUGCCACACCAGCUGGUCAGAGAAUGAUGUGUGGAAACUUCAGAAUGCCACUUAAAAAGUGUUAAAUGUUUAUUGCUGGUUGAAAGUUUUUUUUUUUUUUUUUUUUUAAAGAUGGUCUGGUGGUUACUGGUAAAAGUGGCGUGUUCGUUAGAUUAUGUUUUUGACCAAAGCUUCACCUGCACGGUGUAAGCUCUUAAAACAGAAAAAAAGCAACAAAAAAAACACCUGUAUAGAACAAAGUGAUUAUUGAGGUAUGUGUGUUUAUACGCAAGUGCGUGUGAGUGUGAGCGAGCAUGUUGAGUGGACGUGCUGACGUAAGUGUCAGUAUGUAUGUCUUUGCUAGCCCGCUCUGCACUAAAAUAAAUGAACGUUUCCAGAGAUGUGGGAAGAAAAAAAAAAACAAUAAAACUUUUUUUUGGUA